AUGCUACGCUUGGAUGGGAGCACACUGGAGGGAGGUGGCCAGCUCGUCCGAAAUGUGCUUGCACUUUCCGCGAUGACGGGAUUGCCUGUCACGAUUAACAACGUACGAGGGAAAAAGGCACGGCCGGAGGGGUUUAAGGAGUUCGCAUACUGCCGCUAUACGAUCCCUCGCCGAAAGAUUACAUUCUAUCCCCGAUCCGUUGAGGAUGGGAAGGGGGAAGAUGCGUUUUCCUCUCCACAGCAGAAGUUGCGAUUGCAACCCCUUCCAGCGACAUCGGGCAUCCAGUCAGAAUACAAUACAACAUUCAGCUUACAACUCCUGGUUCUAUCUUCCUCAUUUUUCAAGCCCUAUACCUAUACCUUUUUUAUCAAGUUGAACAUCACCGGCGGCACGAACGUAUCCUCUGCCCCGUCAUACGACUACGUAUCUCAAGUGCUCAUCCCCAAUUUUGUGAAUCUAGGUCUACCGCUACUCUCCGUUAAGUUGAACAGGCGUGGGUGGAGUUCUGGCGCGGUCCAGAUAGGCUCAGUGUCCUUUGAAAUCGAACCCCUUGCAGCCCCAAGUUCGAAAGAAGCUGAACUACGCAGAUCGAGUUGUCGCAGUCAGGGACAGGUUGUUGAGGACUCCGGGUCCCGGACAAAAACCCACAGUGAAAUUCCCCCGGCUAUGCAUCCCAGGUUUCCCCGUAUAGAUUUAGAAAAUUUGGACCCUGGGUUCAUAACGGAAGUCGAUAUCACAAUUUUGGCACCGGACGCAACCCUUCAACAGGUCGUAGAGUCCAACCAUUCUAAAGGUGGCCACAAGCGAGGCAAAAAUAAAAAUCAAAGACGAGAAAGCGGGAAUCACUUCCGAAAACGUCAUACUACAGAGCCUGCAUUACCCAAAACAGCAUUGGGGGUGGAAGAAUCCGGAUUUUUAGAACCCACGGUUCCUGCAAACGAAGACUUUGGCCAAGAUUCUAGUUUUCAACCGACGAUCCGUCAAUUCCUCGAGUGUGCAGCAGCAAAAUCAGUAACCAGAGCACUCAAAUCACUAUCCCCUAAACCCAGAACGAAGGGGCAGACAUCGACUCCGGAAAUACCGCUUGUGAAAAUACAUACCACGGAACCAACGCAUGAUGCUUCGCAUAUCUACAUACUUCUUGUUGCCCACACAUCAACCGGCUUUCGCCUCGGCCGGGGGAUGUUGUAUUCCGAAUAUAAAUCGGGGGCAAAGAACAAAAGACAUUACACUGCCAAUCCCGAGAAAGGAAUGAUCGCCUUACUGCGGUCGAUGAUUGACGAGUGCGUUGCAAGUUUAAUAGGAGAGUUUCAUGUGAACCCAAAGGAGACUUCAAGAAAGGGGACAAAAGGCUGUUUGGACACAUUCAUGAGAGACCAGGUCGUAGUUUUCGAAGCCUUGGGACGACUGGACGAAGAGGUAAGAGAGAAAAAGCUCAGUAACCAGAUCGAGGAAGACAGUGUAAGCCUGCACACCCUCACUGCAAUGUGGGUUUGUGAGCAGGUUCUAGGAGGGAAUGUAAAUCUCAAGGGACCUUAG